AAAGAAUGCUUUAGUUUGAUUAUUGACCACGAAGGAUAACAAUGUUGUCGCGUUUUUCAUAUGCAAUAGUUGGAUGCUUGGUAGUGGUAACUUAUGCUGCACCUCAACUAAACUAUCCUGCUGGCACGCGGCUCGAUUCACUUCCGGUGAAGAACAACACCGAAACACAUGGAACAGCACAAAGUGAUUUGAUUUCGGGACGAAAGAACGUGAGGAAUCAGAAUGAAGAGACCUUAGCAGAACUCCAAGCCAAAUCAGCGCAGUAUUCGUACGAUUCUUCGAUUAAAGAUUCAAUCAGUGAUCAGACCGUAUUUCGACAGGAAACACGCGAAGGACUCGCGCUGAAAGGAAUGUACGCCUAUAGCGAUGGAUUCUACAAGCGUGAAGUGCAUUAUGUCGCCGAUGACAAAGGUUAUCGGGUGGUGAAAGAAAUUUCGAUUCCAAUUGGUGAUGGACCUCAGGUGGACCCUAACGGGAAGGCAGAUGUAUCGUCAUCGCUUUCCGGGUCAUACUCUAUCACAGCUGAUGAUAUUGCUAGGCCAGUGAAAAAGAAUGCGAAAAAAGUGGACAAAAUCUAGUUUUAAUAUGCAGAAAAGUAUUUGUAUUCUAUCGCAUCUAACGAGUAAUCAACAAAUAAAGUAUUAAGAUCGUACACA